AUGUUCACUUCCAUACCUGUCGAUCAACUUCCCGAAGUAAAGUCCCCGACUCGAACAACGUUGAUUGCUGAAGUUCUGGUCGAAUGGUUCAUCCGAUUCUCGUCAUUUUCUCAUAUGAUCCGAGUGAUCGCUCGUCUACGUCAUGUGAUUCUGCGUCGCCGACCCGACUACACACMCUCAGCGUUCUUAACUCACUUAGAGUUGAAUCAAGCGACGUUGAUUGUUGCUCGAUCUGCACAAGUCUUGGCGUUCGGAGAGGUGUUACACGAGUUAAAUACUAAACUUCCGAUCUCCGACAAGCACAUUGCCCGUCUGCGACCCUUUAUGGAUGAUAUUGGGUUAAUACGUGUCGGURGUCGGUUAUCUAACUCGGACUUGUCUGAAGAUCGUAAACACCCCAUAUUGCUGCCGAAAACCUCGCAUUUGUCGUUAUUAAUAGUACGUCAUUGGCACUUGGUUACCGGUCACAGCGGUCCACGUGUAAUGACCACAUUGAUAGAACGCACAUUUUGGAUCCUUUCACUCCRAACCCUAAUCCGCCAUGUAAUUAGCCGAUGCAAAAGAUGUGUAAAAUUAUCCGGAGUGAGUCCGCAACCAMUUAUGGCCGAUUUGCCACGUUCACGAGUCUCAGAAUGUCGGCUCUUUUCACGAGUCGGAAUAGAUUAUGCUGGCCCUUUAACAAUGCGAGAAAGCUGA